AUGGUGAUGAUGAUGGGGGGCAGGGGGGUCGGCUUGCAUUGGCUCGUGGGCCGGCAGCUGGUGGGACUUUGCAGCGCCUGCGUGGAGGGUGGCCACCAGGACAGACAGUACGCCGUGGGAGAAAACAAAACAGGCUGGCUCGGUUCCGGGACCGCGCAGAUGGAUGAGGUGGGAGGUGGGAGGUGGGCAAAAGUGCCAGCUCAGGGAAGCUCCCACACCCGGCAGCAAGUAGAGUUUUCUCCUCUGGUCGUUUGCUCGGGUCGUGUGGCCGGGGCAGCCGGGGGCGAUCCCUAUUGGACGGAGGCGUCGCGAAAGUGGCCGGUACAGCUGGACAAGGAGAUUCUGAAUGGAGAGCACCUGUGCCUGACUAGUCAAGGCAGUGGAUUCAAGUCUCCGACAAGAUGCUAUGUCUGUACUUGUGCGACUGCUCGUCGGUUCGUUUUGCUGCAAACAGGGCCCGGCUCCAGAUCCCACCCUGCCCGGGCCCUAGCUCGUAUCGGCACUGCUUGUGAUACCGACAGCACAGUACAGAACGACACGAGCCCAGCAACCCAGCACCCAGGGAGGAAUCGAGUCUAUCUGGCUGGGUGCUGGCAAAUCGACGGGGGAUCGGCCCCGGCAUUCGGUGACAAGUCCAUGGGACGUGCCUAUAAUGCGCAAUCACAUCCGCUUCCAGAUGCCAUUGGCUCGUUGGCAGUAGCACGCACUCAUAUCUAUUACGUCGAGAUAUCGCAAAGCAAAUAG